AUGAACAAUCCAUUCUUGCCCCCUCCAAAGAAGCCCAUGGCGGAGAUGACUCAGGAAGAGCAGGCCGAACAGGGAGCACGCCAGAUCAUGGAGUUUAUCUCGUCGUGCCCCGGGAAGGCUGUGAUGUCUGGAGUGUCGGGUUUCGUUCUCGGAGGUUUCUUCGGACUGUUCAUGGCGUCCAUGUCGUACGACGUGGCUCCUGGAAUGGGGCCUGGUCCGUCGCAACAGAUCGCAGAUCUCCCAUUCAAACAGCAGGUGAAAAUCCAGUUCACGGAUAUGGGACGGCGAACGUGGUCGUCGGCCAAGAACUUUGGAUACAUCGGACUGAUUUUCUCGGGAGUCGAGUGUAGCAUCGAAUCCUUGCGCGCCAAAAACGACAUAUGGAAUGGAACAAUGGCAGGAUGCAUAACAGGAGGUGGGCUUGCCAUCAAGAGCGGGCCUACGUCGACGCUGAUUGGAUGCGCUGGUUUCGCGGCCUUCAGUACUGCUAUCGAUUUGUAUAUGCGGAGCGAGAACGGCAAGCCUCCUGCUAAUGACUAUAACGAAUGA